AUGCCGCUGAUGUUGUUUUAUUGCACCGAGAUGGAACAAAUGGCGAGAGAGAUCGCGGCGAUCGACGGAAACAUUGAGUUGGGUGAGAUUCAGUGGCGCACGUUCGCGGAUGGUUUCCCGAACAUUUUCGUGAACGACGCGGAACAGCUGCACGGGCGGCACGUGGCGUUUUUGGCGUCGUUUCACAACGCGUCUGUGAUUUUCCAACAGCUUAGCGUGAUAUACUCCCUUCCCAAGAUGUUCGUCGCGUCGUUCAGAUUGAUCUUACCGUUUUUCCCCACCGGUACGUUCGAACGGGUGGAUAAGGAAGGAGAAAUCCCCACCGCGGUGACGAUGGCGAGAAUGUUGAGCUCGAUUCCGCACUCGCGAGGCGGGCCGACGGAUAUGAUCGUGUUCGACAUUCACGCGCUUCAGGAGCGAUUUUAUUUCGGUGACUCCGUCACUCCGCUGUUCGCAUCGGGAAUUCCGCUUUUGUUGGAGCGAUUAGCAAGUUUAGAAGACGCCGCGGACGUCGUCAUCGCCUACCCCGACGAGGGCGCGUGCAAGCGCUUUCACAACUUUUUCGCCAAGUACGACGAGGUCGUCUGCACCAAGGUUCGCGAGGGCGACAAGCGCAUCGUCACGAUCAAGGAGGGCAAACCCACGGGUAAGCACAUCGUCAUCGUGGACGAUCUCGUGCAAUCCGGCGGCACCCUCAUCGAGUGCGCCAAGGUUCUUCGCCGCGAGGGCGCCUCCGCGGUGAGCGCCUACGUCACCCACGGCGUCUUUCCCAACGAGUCUUGGCGUCGUUUCACCGACCCGUCCGCCGGGUUCGCCAACUUUUGGAUCACCGAUUCGUGUCCGCAGACCGUCAGCGCGUGCAGCGGCGUCGCGCCUUUCGUCGUUUUGAAGCUCGCGGGAUCCGUCGCGCACGCGCUCAACAUUUAA